UUGCCGAGCGCCAUAAACAGGCAGGUCCUUUCACCCGGUGAGUCGCGGCUGAUAGAUCUGGAACAUUCCGAUCGGGCCCGGAAUUAAAAAAUAAUCCAACAUCAUCCGAAGCAGGGAAGGAAUACCUUCACUUUUGGUAGCAUUUGACCCAAACUAUAGGGUUUAGUUAUCAAUUCUAGACAAAUAUCACUCACGAUGCCCGAAGCAAUGAUGGCUCCCAGAGCCCUAAGUGGAGGCAAACACAAAGGAGGGGCGUACGUGGAUCGCGACAAGCCGGCCCAAAUCCGUUACAGCAACAUUUCUGCAGCAAAAGCUGUCGCUGAUGCCAUCAGGACCAGCCUGGGCCCAAAAGGGAUGGACAAGAUGAUCCAGGACGAGAAGGGUGAUGUCACCAUCACUAACGAUGGAGCCACCAUCCUGAAGAAGAUGCAGGUUUUGCACCCCGCAGCCAAGAUGCUGGUGGAGCUUUCCAAGGCGCAGGACGUAGAGGCUGGAGACGGCACCACUUCGGUGGUGGUGAUCGCAGGAGCUCUGCUGGACUCCUGCUCCAGGCUGCUGCAGAAAGGCAUCCACCCCACCAUCAUCUCGGAGUCCUUCCAGAAGGCGGUGGACCGCGGGGUCGUGAUCCUGACUGACAUGAGCUCCCCGGUGCUGCUGAGCGACCGCGAGACGCUGCUCAACAGCGCCACCACCUCUCUGUGCUCCAAGGUGGUGUCGCAGUACUCCAGCCUGCUGGCGCCCAUGAGCGUGGACGCCGUCAUGAGGGUGAUCGACCCCGCCACCGCCACCAGCGUGGACCUGCACGACAUCCUCGUGGUGAAGAAGCUCGGAGGGACCAUUGAUGACUGUGAGAUGGUGGAGGGCCUGGUUCUGACCCAGAGGGUGUGCACCAGCAUUACCCGCGUAGAGAAGGCCAAGAUCGGACUCAUCCAGUUCUGCCUCUCCCCUCCCAAGACCGACAUGGACAACCAGAUCGUGGUGUCUGACUACGCCCAGAUGGACCGGGUCCUGAGGGAGGAGAGGGCCUACAUCCUCAACCUGGUGAAGCAGGUCAAGAAGUCUGGCUGCAACGUCCUGCUCAUCCAGAAGUCCAUCCUCAGAGACGCCAUGAGUGACCUGGCGCUGCACUUCCUCAACAAGAUGAAGAUCAUGGUGGUGAAGGAAGUGGAGAGGGAGGAAAUCGAGUUCAUCUGCAAGACCAUCGGCACCAAGCCCAUCGCCCACAUUGACCAGUUCCUCCCUGAGAUGCUGGGCAGCGCUGAGCUGGCUGAGGAGGUGCACCUGGAUGGCUCCGGCAAGCUAGUCAAGAUCACAGGCUGCAGUAGCCCUGGGAAGACAGUGAGCAUCGUGGUGCGAGGCUCCAACAAGUUGGUCAUCGAGGAGGCAGAGCGCUCCAUCCACGACGCCCUGUGUGUGAUCCGCUGCCUGGUCAAGAAAAGAGCCCUGAUCGCUGGAGGCGGUGCCCCGGAGAUCGAGCUGGCACUGCGGCUGGCUGAGUACUCCCGCACCCUGGCGGGCAUGGAGGCCUACUGUGUGCGCGCAUACGCCGACGCCCUGGAGGUCAUCCCCUCUACACUGGCAGAGAACGCCGGCCUCAACCCAAUCUCCACGGUGACUGAGCUCCGCAACAGACACGCACAGGGGGAGAAGACGGCCGGCAUCAACGUCCGCAAGGGUGGGAUCUCCAACAUCCUGGAGGAGCUGGUGGUCCAGCCGCUGCUGGUCUCCAUCAGCGCCCUGACCCUCGCCACCGAGACCGUCCGCAGCAUCCUCAAGAUCGACGACGUGGUGAACACCCGAUAAGAGGACUGUUACUGAACUUGCUGAAGCCUGCUCGGACCGCAAGGAACCGAGAUCUGUUUGUCUUCACGUCCUCUUUAGUUGUUAUGUUCCAUAAUUAAAUUAAAACAACAGUUCUUUUUUGACACUCCUUUUCUGUGUUGUUUAUAUACAUGCAUGUGGCUACACUAGAUCACUGAAACUGUAUAAAAGAACGUAUGGUCAUGUAAUAAAAUGAUUCCACUGUCUCUUUUAGCAGACCCUUUUAUUAAGAGGCUUUCGUAUGAGGUUGACCGUGGAAGCAUUUGGAGUAGCUACAACAAAUUGAAAACGCUUCACUGCCUCAAUAUGUUGCGUGCAAGUUUUUUGUACAGCCAAUAAACUACUCAUUCAGGUUUCUUGAAUGUUCUACUGAAAUAAACUGGUAGUGUUAUGACAUAAACUAAACUGCGGAAGCUCGCAAAUCAAAAUAGAACUCUACUUUUGAAACCUGACUGACUUGCCUUGUUACAAUGUAGGCCUGUGUAUUUUGUGAAGAUGCUGGAAUAAUUUGCACAAAAUAUGAAUAUAAAGGAACUAAUUAUCUGGAAGCUCGUGUCAAACAAGAUAAUCCUAAUACGAAGCGGAAUACAAGGAUAAUCAUUGACUAAUAUUUUGGGAAAUUCGUUUUUAAACAGUUAUACUCUGACUAUUUAGACACUGCCUUUUAAACAUUUGCUGUGGUAUGUUUUGGUAUGGGUAUUUGUUUCAAAAAUAAAAUUUUGGA